AUGUUACAGCCUGUAGUAUAACAAUGGGCUCCUUGUAUAAGAAUGGUUUAGCUCCUUGUAUAGCAAUGAGCUAGUUCUUAGUGAAGAACGGUUCAGCUCCAAGUAAAAGAAUGAUUCAGCUCCUUGUUUAAGAAUGGGCUAGCUCUGGAGGAAAUAAUGCCGGGGGGAAGGAGGGGGCUUGUAGCUCCUCAAAAUACCUUCCUCGAUAACGUUAUCAGGAGAUCCUCCCAGCUACCUGACACAUCCUUUCUCAUCGCCAACGCUCAAAUCAUAGAUUUCCCGAUCGUUUAUGUCUCUGACGAGUUCUCACAUAUAUCAGGAUACAGGAAAGCUGAAAUAAUGCAGAAAUCCAUAAAAUGUGAUUUUAUGAUGGGUGCUCUCACAGACCAGGCUGCUGUGACGAAACUGAUGACAGCUUUUGAAGCUCAGGAAACCUCCUGCCACGAGAUCCUUUACUACAAGAAGAAUGCUGUGGGAAUCUGGCUGGAGGUUGAAAUAGUUCCUGUAAAAAAUGAAACGGACAGUGUUGUUCUUUUCUUGUGUACAUACAGGGAUAUCACAGCAUUCAAGGAACCGCUAGCUGAAGCAAACAUGUUUGCUGGACUAUCUAAGUUUGCUAAGAUAGCUUGGACCUUAACCAGCCAAUUGAGGUACAUCAGGUCCAAGAAUGCCGCAAACAGAGUUCAAGCAGUGGAUCCUAAACCUGCAGGAUCAAGAGAAGGAUUACAAAAGGGUAUAUCUGAAGUAGUACCUGGAUACAAGCAUGAACCACCACAAACUCCGCCCCAUAUUCUCCUCCACUACUGUAAUUUCAAGGUUAUGUGGGACUGGAUUAUACUUGCUCUCACGUUUUAUACUGUAAUCAUUGUACCUUAUAAUCUCGCCAUGAACAGGCUAAUAUCAAGCAGGAGUUCAGUCGACAUCAGUUCUGUCCGGAUGGUCGUGCUCGACUCUGUUGUCGACAUAAUCUUCUUCAUCGACAUCAUCUUCAACUUCCACACCUCCUUUGUGGGGAACAGCGGGGAGGUCGUCACAGAUCAGAAUAAGAUAAGAAGACACUACCUGAGAUCUGGAUUCUUGAUAGACGUGAUGGCUUGCCUCCCAUACGAUAUCCUAGAUUCAUUCAGUGCAUACACUUCUUCAUAUACAGACAUUCUUAGCAUUCUCAAGUUGAUGCGCCUGUUCCGUCUUGGAAGAGUAGCUCGAGCUCUUCAUAGGUUCCUGGAGUCAAGCUUUGCUCUUCUUCUUCUCAUGCUUUCUUUUUAUAUGAUCGUAGUUCAUUGGUUCGCUUGUGUUUGGUACAUAAUCGGCCACAGUGACCUGACUAAUGGUGUACUCUUCGGCUGGUUGUCAGCUUUAGGAAACAAAACUGGUCAACCAUUCAUAGCAGACUACUCUUCUAAUAGUACUGAAAUACCUAGAUAUCCUUCAAUAUCUGGUGGUCCCUCUAUAUUCUCUAUGUAUGUGACAGCUCUGUACUUCACGAUGACCUGCAUGACAUCUAUAGGAUUUGGAAAUGUUGCGGCAGAUACAGAUAAUGAAAAGGUUUUCUGCCUGUGUAUGAUGAUAGUCUCGAGUUUACUGUACGCCGCCAUAUUUGGUCAUGUGACUACAAUCAUACACAAUAUGACGCAGGCUACAGCCAAGUACCAUGAAAUGCUCGACGCCGUCAGAGAAUUCAUGACGCUUAAUGAGGUUCCUCAGAACUUGAUGGAACGGGUCACGGACUAUAUUGUCUCCAAAUGGACGAACACCAAGGGUGUCGAGCAGGAUAAGGUUCUGUCCAUCUGUCCCAAGGAUAUGAGAGCUGAUAUCUGUGUACAUCUAAACAGGAAAGUAUUCAAUGGACACCCUGCCUUUCGUCUGGCCAGUGAUGGAUGUUUAAGAUCCCUGGCUACUAACUUUAAAAUGACUCACUGCGCUCCUGGGGACUUCAUCAUUAGGAAGGGGGAAUCUAUUACUGAUCUUUGCUUUGUGGUUUGUGGGUCUUUAGAAGUUAUUCAGCAGGACGGAGAAAUACUGGCUUUCCUGGGACGCAAUGAUGUUUGUGGGGAUUCUCAUUGGAGGGAAUCAAAGCUAGGAAAAUCAGUUGUCCACGUGCGAGCUUUGACCUACUGUGACAUCCACACAAUACAAGUUGACCGGCUCAAGGAGGUUCUGGAGUUCUAUAAACCCUUCGCACACACAUUCUCAAGAAACCUCGCUCUUACAUUUGAUCUCUCCAAACGGGUCGUCUUUGCUAAGGUUGCAGAGAAGAGGCUCGAGCAGAUCUACGGUGAGGUUCAACAGUGGGAAAGACCCUUCACCCCCUCGCAGAUUGUGCUCCUUAAAAAAGUUGUGAACAAGUUUAAGUCAAAGGUCCGAGGAGAGGAGGAUGGAAGUGAGGUUCCCCUGCUCCCGGAGGGGGCUCGGACUCCAACCCUGCUCGCCCUCCCACCCUCCAGCUCCGCACUAAGCCCUGUCUCCUCACCCAGACCAUACAAGUGGAAUUUUCUCAGUAAAAAGAACACUGUUCCCCCAAUCAUAAAAGAACAGGAUGAGGAAAUAAAAGACUUAGAAGCUAAACCAGAGCCAAGUCCAAGUCCAAGUAUUCUCAACGAUAUCGAGCAGUACAGACUAGAGGUUAAAUCAGAGAUAAAGAUGAUAGAAGAUAAAAUCUCAAACAUUGAAUCUCUUCUGAAGCUGGUCAUAAUCAAACUAGGAAUUGAUACACUACAGAGUAAUGAUACAGAGAUAGUUGAUAAAGAGAUACAAAAGAUUGAAACUGAGAUACAGAUUAUAGAUACGGAGAUACAGUGAUACAGAUAAGACUUAAGUGCUCAACUUUGAUAAAUACAAUUGUAACUAUAAAAAAAAUUAUAAAAUACAACAAAUACAUAGUUUAGAUUCACAAGAUACACGAGAAUACAGAAACAUAAUAUAGAAAUUCAAAUCCUAGAUACAGAAAAAACAUAGUAAGAGAAAAAAAUAGAGUAGAUACAGAAAUACAUGACCUAGAUAGUAGAUACAGAAUACUGAACCAUAAUACAGAAAUACCUGAACUACAAAGAAAAUACAUAGCCUUGAUACAGAAAUACAUAAUCUAAAAAGAAUUUACAAGGUUAAGGAACAGGAAUACAAACUUUUGGAUAUAUAUGUACAGUACCUUACAGAUCGUAAGUGAAUAUAAUUUUUGUACAUAACACAUGUUUUCACAUUUUAUGUACAAUCUAAACAUUUCACACAAAAGUAACUGUACAUGCAAAAUUAAUUUUGAUGUGCAUACAAAAAACCCAAUGAUAUCUUACUGUACAAUCAAAAUAACUUCAAUGUAAACAAAAAUAUGAACUGUACAACCAAAGAAAAAUACUGUACAUACACACAAAAUAGGUUAACACAAAACUGUACUGUAAAAGCAAGGUAAACUGUACCAUGUCUUUAAAACUGCAGUACAGUGUAAACACAAAGUAAAGGCUGUAUACGCUACCAAAAUACAAACAACAAUAUUAACAUUUGUUCACUUGUAUUCAAGAUAAUUGAUUCAUUUUGUUAAAAUAUAUAUUCGAGAAAA